UCAAGUUAACAAUGGCGAUUCUACUAUGGAACUUAGUAGAUCAUCAGUAAAGGGAUCAUUAAAAAUAGAAGAAACAAUGUACUUUGGGAAUUCCACGGUUGGAAUCUGCCAUUGCAGUGGGGCAAAAUAUCGUCAAUUAAAAGAAAAAUUGAGAGAAAAAAUUGAAGAAUUAAGACUACGAGAAGAGGAAUUACGAGAAUUUGAGGCCAUGAAAAACAGAAUAUUUAAUGAAUUGCAUUAUCAUGACGGAAGUCGGUACCAAAAUGCGGCGAACUAG